AUGGGCAUCAAUGACGUAUCAGACGACAAACUUGUUUCGAAGCUUCUAGACAAGUACCAGUCUGUGUUCAACGAGGACAUCUCAGGACACGUCGGUCCUGCGGUACAACUUGAACUCGUGGAAGGAGCGAAACCAAAGACCACUGCGAGGUUGUACAAGGCAGUGCAGGAUGGCACAGUGGAGAAACUCAUUGGAGAUGAGUUCACUCCUUACCGACGACGAGCGACCACACUAGCAUUUCAUCGCGAGUGCCUCACGCUUGGAUCCCGGGUGAUCAUACCGAGCUCAGCACGAUCCCACGUUCUGGCACUUCUGCACGCUGGUCACCGAGGCAUGGUAGCCAUGAAGAAGCGCGCAAGGAGAUACGUAUGGUGGCCCGGAAUCGACAAGGUGAUCGAAGAAACGGUGCGACAGUGCCGUGAAUGCCUUUCAACGCAGAAGAGCGCACCCAAAGCUCCUAUUCCCUCCUGGGACCGUCCCAAGACACCAUGGCACACGGCGCACGUUGACUUCGCGGGACCACUACUCGGGCGCACCUACUUGGUUGUUGUUGAUGCACACGCAAAGUGGGUGGAAGUCCGGCACGUGACGCAAGCAACAUCCGCGGUUGUCAUCGAUGUGCUACGAAGUAUCUUUGCUACGUUUGGCAUUCCCUGA